CGUCAAAAAGGCAUGUAUCGCUUCACGUUGUGUAAUUCCGACAUCCAGGCAUCAGGUUCCCCUCAAAUUAACAGCGAUAUCGCGACGAGAACGUACUUGAUGGUCUAUUGGAUUACAGCAUGGGUCACUCGUUGCCUGAUUGCAAUCUCAAUCUCCACCGCAAUCAAGAUGUCAAGAAGGCGAACCACCCAAUGGAGCGCAAUAUUGACGAGGUUGCUAUGUAUAGGGAGUGUGCCCUGGUGUAUCAAGAAGAGAAGAGGCAGGAUAUCGGUCCGGGAAUACGAGUGAUUGGUCGCUUUGCAUCUUAUCUUCAGGCUUCCAUCAGAAACCACCGAAGAUGUGACUGCGACAUGUCGAAGGCGGAUAUGUGCAUACUCUUCCUCCUGCAUGCAGUGAUCGAGUCGGUUUCUGCAUGUCAAGCCACAAACUCCUUCAUCAAGCCUGUUAGAACUCGGAGAUGUGGAGGCGUGGUUGCACGUCAAUCGUUUCUGGGCAUCCGGGGUCCCGAGAGACUGGGGCAGCCUCCAGAUUUACGACGGCGUUUCGCGGCUCACCGUCCUUCAUCCAUAUCCAACAUCAAAGGCACGCAAUUCACAGGGGGAGACAAGGGAUAUCGGGUCCUUGCUUCUGCAUCCCUCACCGCUCCCGGGUUUCAACGGUGUGCUGGCCGCGUGACUGUGUUACAGACAUGGAAGGCGUGGGUAUGAGUAGCAGUUCUUUUUUUCUGCCAUGCAUGAACGAGGAGGGAUGUGAUGAAUGAUGAUAAAAGGGACAGGCCCUGCUUGUGGUUUAUGGUCCCUUCUAGUCUCUUCUGGUUUCAGGUCCCCUUGAUCAAUCACUUACUCUGCACAAACCCGUCCUGCUCCCGGCUGUUCUAAUAAGCUGACCUGAGCCUUCAUCACUUCUAUUCUUGACAUAAUCCGGAUCCCUCACUUUGUUGAUUCAUCCAGCAAAUAGUCACCAAUUGCGUCAUCUCAGCCGACCGAAGCUCAACAGGCAUCAACAGUGAGCACGUAAAAGUGACAACCAGUGCCUCUAGCGCUUGUGUUUGUUCAGCUCGUCGCCAGUCCUCUUGCCUGUUACAGUGU